AUGGUUGCAGCAAAAUGGGAUCAGGAAGACGUAACCGGAAGUGGCCAGAUAUUCCUGGUCUUCAUUCAUUUCAAGGAGCCCUCCAACACAGUGCACACUUCAACGAAGGGCUCAACCCUUAAGGGCAAGAAAGUCGCGGCCAUUGGAACUGGCAGCAACGGAAUCCAGAUUGUCGCAAAGAUUGCUGAAGUGGAACACCUCUUUACUUGGACUAGAUCGCCCACUCGGAUUACAGCUGGCUUCGCGCAGAGAUUCGCCUUCGAGGGUGGUGGGAACUUCGAAUACACACCCGAACAGCAGCUUUUCAAGGACAAUCCAAAACUCUACCUGGAGCGUUCAAGAAUGAUUGAGCCCGAGCUAAACCAACGAUUCAAGUUCAUUUUGAAGAAUACCCCGGAAUCAAAAGCAGCCCAGGAGUACGCAAUUUCUGAAAUGACUGGCACAUGA